UGAAAAUGUCAUCGUGAGUAUUCCCUAUAGAUAAAUGUGAGUAAAGCAACGACGCGUGGUUCCUCGUGAAUUCUUCUCUCUCUCUCUCUCUUUCUCUCUCAUACACACAUCAAUAUCUUCCUUCGCUCAUCCUUCGAGUUCCAAUUCCAAAAAUUUCCGAUCAGUCUCACAAAGAAUCUCUAUUAUUUCAUUCCACCAAUUCAAUCACAGAUACAGAUGUCAUCUCUGCAACCGAACGUCGAUUCUACAAAUUCGGAAGCGAUGCAACGAUCCAAUCCCAAGAAGCGCCGGAAAAUUGGACACAGCAAUUCCCUCAGCCUCGUUCCAUGGAGAUCCGAGACGCAACAGCGGAUCUACUCUUCCAAGCUCGCAGAAGCUCUCCGCCACGUCAUCCAUCGGAACCCUCCGUCUCCGCCGGCAAAGUCUAGUGCCGGUCGAGAGGUUCGCGAGACCGCCGACCGAGUCCUCGCUUCCACUGCAAAAGGCCGGACUCGUUGGAGCCGCGCUAUCCUUGCUAGUCCACUCAACCGGUGGAAGCUCCGGCGGAUGCACAAGAAGGUUCACAAGGCCUCCACCGGAUUGCCGAAGAAGUCGCCGGAGACUCGCCGGAGAUUACCGGUGGUGCAGAAGAAAGCGCGCGUUCUCGGCCGGUUAGUCCCCGGCUGCCGGAAGCUCACGUUCCCGAACCUUCUAGAAGAAGCCACAGACUACAUCUCGGCGUUGGAGAUGCAGGUGAGAGCCAUGACGGCACUCACGGAGUUACUCACCGGCGGCGGCUCCCUCGCCUCGGCUUGACUCGGCCGUGAAAAAAACACGUUGACUCCCGCUGUUUUUUAGCCUUAGGCUAUACAAUUCGCACCAGGUGGUAUUUUUUCACUUGUUUGUUUUCCUUAUGAGUAAAUAUGUGAAUUGAUCCACAAAUUUUAUGUAUGAGUUAAAUUAGUCGUCAAAUUUCUAUUGAAUUAAAUUGGUUUUAAAUUUAUUUUUUGUAUUUAA